AUGAGUCGGUUGAAGACGAUGCUGCAGCAGAAGCUGGUCCAAAAGUAUGGGAGCAAGAGGAACGUCAACUCAAGGCUGAACCUGGAAAUCGAGGAAGAGGACAACGAAAACAGCCCGGGUGGCAGCGCUGGGGGUGUUGACGAUGUUGGCGACGGUUUGUUGCCGCCAUCUAUCGCCCGAGCUUGGCGCACAUUCGAUGUGGCUAAGCAAAUCGAGUACGAGACGAAGGAGCAGCAGAAGUCGGAGAAGGCCAAGCAGCAAAAGAUUAUAUUUCGAGAGGAGCUGGAAGUACACAGGGCAAAGCAGGCAGAGAAGAAAGCCGUGGAAGAAGAAGAGAGACGGAGGUACAUGGAGGAGCAAGAGAGGAAGCUCGCGGAGUUUCACAUGGAGCAGGAAGCGAUAAAGAAACGGGCGUCCGACAAGCACGCUGAGGAAAAGGCUCUCCGCGAGCAACAGGUCAAGCGCCUACAGGCAGAGAAGGAGAUCGAGCGGCAAGCCCGAUUGGACGAAGAGAUGCUCGAUAUUGAGCGGUGCAAGGCGAAGCUGCAGGGCGAGGUGGACGAGGCGGAUCGAAAACGCAAGAGCGAGAAGGACCGGCUGGCCGCUAUUCAAGCCGAGAACGCCAAGCAGCGAGAGAUCCGCGAACAGAGGCAGAGAGAAUCGGACGCGGCCGACGCUCUUCUGCUGAAGGAGCACCGUCAGAGGAUGGACGCAGAAGAGCAGGCUCGCGCAGCCAAGCUCAAGCAACGCAUGAAGCGGUACGAAGACAUCGGGAACUUCUGGAGCGAGCGCCAGGCGGGCAACACCGAAGCAGAGGUUGAGCUGCGCGAAGCCCAGCAGACUCUCAAGGCUGCGCGCAGGAAGGAGGAGGCGACGCUAGAGCGCGAGAGGAAGGAGAGGGAAGCGAGGCGUAUCGCUGGCAUGGUGAUGGCUGCAGAAAACCAAAAGGUGAUCCAAGAGAAGAACGCCCUUAACGCCAAGAAGCACAAAGAAGACAUGGAGUUCGCUCAAAGGUAG